GCGAGAUUGUGCGAGACGUGAAGUUGAGGGAACAUGGCGACGUGUAAUUUGUUAAAGAAUAAAGGCUCUCUGCAGUUUGAGGAUAAGUGGGAUCUGAUGCGACCCAUCGUCCUGAAGCUGCUCAGACAGGAAGCUGUCACCAAGCAGCAGUGGUUCGACCUCUUCUCAGACGUCCACGCCGUCUGUCUGUGGGACGAUAAAGGUCCCGCUAAGAUCCACCAGGCGCUCAAAGAAGACAUCCUUGACUUCAUCAAACAAGCUCAAGCUCGGGUGCUGAGUCACCAGGACGACACGGCGCUGCUGAAGGCCUACAUCGUGGAGUGGAGGAAGUUCUUCACGCAGUGCGACAUCCUGCCCAAACCUUUCUGUCAGCUGGAGAUCACACUGAUGGGAAAACAGGGCAGCAACAAGAAGACCAACAUGGAGGACAGCAUUGUACGCAAGCUGAUGCUGGACACCUGGAACGAGUCGAUCUUCUCCAACAUUAAGAGUCGGCUGCAGGACAGCGCCAUGAAGCUGGUUCACACCGAGCGGCUAGGAGAAGCCUUCGACUCGCAGCUCGUCAUCGGAGUCCGAGAAUCUUAUGUGAAUUUAUGUUCGAACCCGGAGGACAAGCUGCAGAUCUACAGAGAUAACUUUGAGAAAGCCUACCUGGACUCCACAGAGAGGUUCUACAGAACACAGGCUCCAUCCUACCUGCAGCAGAACGGAGUCCAGAACUACAUGAAAUAUGCAGAUGCAAAGCUGAGGGAAGAAGAGAAAAGAGCUGUGAGAUAUCUGGAGACGAGGCGUGAAUGUAACUCCGUCCAAGCACUGAUGGAGUGUUGUGUGAAUGCUCUGGUGACGUCGUUUAAAGAAACCAUCCUGGCUGAGUGUCCUGGCAUGAUCAAACGUAACGAGACCGACAAGCUGCACUUGAUGUUCUCCCUGAUGGACAAAGUUCCCAACGGCAUCGAGCUGAUGCUGAAGGACCUGGAGGAGCACAUCAUCAGUGCUGGACUGGCAGAUAUGGUGGCUGCUGCCGAGACCAUCACUACAGACUCUGAGAAAUACGUGGAGCAGCUGCUGACUUUGUUUAAUCGCUUCAGUAAACUGGUGAAGGAGGCUUUCCAGGACGACCCUCGCUUCCUCACCGCCAGAGAUAAGGCCUACAAAGCCGUGGUCAACGACGCCACCAUCUUCAAACUGGAGCUGCCGCUGAAGCAGAAAGGAGUGGGAAUGAAGACUCAGCCUGAGUCCAAGUGUCCAGAGCUGCUGGCCAACUACUGCGACAUGCUGCUGAGGAAGACUCCGGUCAGCAAGAAGCUCACGUCCGAGGAGAUCGAGCUGAAGCUCAAAGAAGUGCUGUUGGUGUUGAAGUACGUCCAGAACAAAGACGUCUUCAUGCGGUACCACAAAGCUCACCUGACCAGACGCCUGAUCCUGGACAUCUCAGCCGACAGCGAGAUCGAAGAGAACAUGGUGGAGUGGCUCAGGGAAGUCGGGAUGCCUGCUGAUUAUGUGAACAAACUGGCCAGAAUGUUUCAGGACAUCAAGGUGUCUGAGGACCUCAACCAGGUGUUCAAGGAGAUGCACAAACACAACAAGCUGGCACUGCCAGCCGACAGUGUGAACAUUAAGAUCCUGAACGCCGGUGCCUGGUCGCGGAGCAGUGAGAAGGUCUUCGUGUCGCUGCCUACAGAGCUGGAGGACCUGAUUCCUGAGGUGGAGGACUUCUACAAGAGGAACCACAGCGGACGGAAGCUCCACUGGCAUCACCUCAUGUCCAACGGCAUCAUCACCUUUAAGAACGAGGUGGGUCAGUACGACCUGGAGGUCACCACCUUCCAGCUGGCUGUUCUGUUUGCCUGGAACCAGAGACCCAGAGAGAAGAUCAGCUUUGAGAACCUCAAACUGGCCACAGAGCUGCCGGACGCAGAACUACGCAGAAUCCUCUGGUCUCUGGUGGCCUUCCCCAAACUGAAGAGGCAGGUGUUGUCCUACGAUCCUCCGGUGGGUUCUCCUAAAGACUUCACAGACAGCACACUGUUCUACGUCAACCAGGAGUUCUCCCUCAUCAAAAACUCCAAAAUCCAGAAACGGGGAAAGAUCAAUCUGAUUGGUCGGCUGCAGCUGACCACCGAGCGAAUGAGAGAAGAGGAAAAUGAAGGAAUCGUUCAGCUCAGAAUACUCAGAACUCAGGAGGCCAUCAUCCAGAUCAUGAAGAUGAGGAAGAGGAUCAGUAAUGCUCAGCUGCAGACGGAGCUGGUGGAGAUCCUGAAGAACAUGUUCCUGCCCCAGAAGAAGAUGAUCAAAGAGCAGAUUGAGUGGCUCAUCGAGCACAAGUACAUCAAGAGAGAUGAGAUGGACAUCAACACCUUCAUCUACAUGGCGUAGAUGAUGAGAGCCUGGAGCCAUGUGGGUCUGUUUGUGUCUCAGAGUGUCCUAAAGACGUAGCGUCCAGUCGUCUGUGUGUCUCUGCUGCCCUCUGCUGUCCCUCCGAAGGAUGGCGGUGCUGCUGCAAACCAUCAAUCAACUCGUCCUGCCUUACUGUCAGCAGCAGAAGAGGAGGAGCAGUGAGGAGCCCGGCUCAGAUCAGCAUUAGCUUUUAGCGCCACGCAGGCCAUGUUGGCAGUGCUGCUUCAUGUCCUUCGUCGAAUUUCUGAACAUAAGGCUGCUGCUGCUGAUGAGUUCAAACUACUGAUGAGAGUUCUGCCAAAUUCUGUGUGUGUGUGUGUGUGUGUGUGUGUGUGUGUGUGUGUGUGUGUGUGUGCGCGUGUGUGCGUGUGUGUGCAUGUGUGUGCGCGCGCCAGCGCGCGUGCGUGCAUGCGUGUGUGUUACAGCAUGCUGCUCUGUGGUUUUAUUCAUCACUGUGUGUCUGAUGAAGAUGAAGAUGACCUUCAUCAGUGGUUUUAUACCAGAUUUGCUGACUCCAGAAACACUGCGCAGGUUUUAUUUUAUUUUAGUGCCACUAUAUUCAGACGUUCAGUUUAAAAUAAAGGUUCUGCUACAGUCUGAACAGAUUUACUUCAGUGGGUUUAACCAGAGAUCCAUCCAUCCGUUUUCAACACUUUCCAGCUCUUCCUGGGGGAUCCUGAGGCGUUCCCAGGCCAGAUGAGAUAUAUAAUCCCUCCAGAGGGUUCUGGGUCUGCCCCAGGGUCUCCUCCCAGGAGGACGUGUUCAGAAAACCUCCAAAGGAAGUCUCCCUGUAGGAUCUGAAUCAGAUGUCCAAACCACCUCAGCAGGUUCCUUCAGAGGUGAAGGAUCAGCAGCUCUGCUCUGAGCUCCCUCCGGAUGUCUGAGCUUCUCCCCCUAUCUCUAAGGCUGAACCCAGCCACCCUACAGAGGAAGCUCAUUUCAGACACUUGUAUCCACGAUCUCAUUCUUUGGGUCACUACCCAGAGCUCAUGACCAUAGGUAAGGGUUGGAACGUAGAUGGAUGGUAAACUGAGAGCUUCUCCUUGAGGUUCAGCUCCCUCUUCACCACGAUGGUUCAGUACAACGCCUUCAUUACUGCUGACGCUGCACCAAUCCUCCUGUCCAUCUCUAGCUCCAUUUUCCCAUCACUCAUGAACAAGAUCCUGAGAUACUUGAACUCCUUCGCCCCCCCUACCCAGAGGGAGCAAUCCACUGGUUUCCAUCAGAGAACCAUGGCCUCAGACUUGGAGGUUCUGAUCCACAUCCCCACUGCUUCAUACUCGGCUGCAAACCGCUCCAGUGCUGCUGAAGGUCUGAGGAACCAACAGAACCACAUCAUCUGCAAAAAGCAGAGAUCCUGAGGUCCCCAAACCGGACACCCUCCUCACCCCAGCUGUAGCUUGAGAUCCAUGAAGACCACAAACAGGAUCAGAGACAAGGGGCAGCCCUGGAGGAGUCCAACACCCACUGGAAACGAGUCUGACUUUGUGCUUAGUAUGUGGACGCAGCUCUCACAUUGGUUCUACAGGGACCCAAUGGCUCAUAUCAGACAGCCUGGUACCCCAUACUCCCUCAGUACCCCAUACUCCCUCAGUACCCCAUACUCUCUCAGUACCCCAUACUCCCUCAGUACCCCCCACAGAGACCCUCGGGGGACACGGUUGUAGGCCUUCUCCAGAUCCACAAAACACAUGUAGACUGGCUGGUGGAACUCCCAUGACCCCCUCAGCAGCUGAUCCACUGUUCCACAACCAGGACGGAAUCCACAUUGUUCCUCCUGAAUCUGAGGUUCUACAGUCAGUCAGAGCCUCCCUUCCAGCACCCUAGGGUAAACUUUCCCGGGGAGGCUGAGAAGUGUGAUACCCAGUAGUUGGAACACACUCUCUGGUCCCCCUUUUUAAAAAUGGGAACCACCACCCCGGUCUGCCACUCCACAGCGCCGUACCUGAUGCCCACGAGACAUUAAAGAGACAUAUCAGCCAAGACAGUCCAACAAUGUCCAGAGCCUUCAGCAUCUCAGGGAGGAUCUCGUCCACACCUGGCGCCACCGAGGAGCUUCUUCACUACCUCGGCGACCUCUGCCACGGAUUUGGACGAAGAUUCCCCCGAGUCUUCAGGUUCUGCCUCCUCCACAGAAGACGUGUAUACCGGGUUCAGGAGUUCCUCAAAGUGCUCUUUCCACUUUGAGGAACUCCUGAAACCGGUAUACACGUCUUCAGGUUCUGCCUCCUCCACAGAAGACGUGUAUACCAGGUUCAGGAGUUCCUCAAAGUGCUCUUUCCACCGCCCGACAAUGUCCCCAGUACAGGUCAACAGUUCUCCACCCUGACUGUACACAGCCUGAGCAAAGCCCUGCCUCCCCUUCCUGAGGUGCUGGAUGAUUUGCCAGAACCUCCUCGAGGCCAACCGAAAGUCCUUCUCCAUAGCCUCUCCGAACUCCUCCCACACCUGAGUUUUAGUUUCCAUAGCUGCAGCCCUUUUGGCCAACCGGAACCCGUCAGCUGCUUCAGGAGACCCCCGAGCCAGCCAGGCCCAAAAAGCCUCCUUCUUCAGCCUGACGGCUUCCCUCACCACUGGUGUCCACCAGCGGGUUCUUGGGUUGCCACCAUGACAGGCACCAGUGACCUUCAGGCCACAGCUCCUAACAGCUGCUUCUGCAAUGGAGGCUUUGAACAUGGACCACUCAGAUUCCAUGUCCCCAACCUCCCCGGGAUGCAGGAGAAACUCUUCUGGAGGUGGGAGCUGAAAACCCCACGGACAGGGUCCUCUGUCAGGCAUUCCCAGUUCACCCUCACUACAUGUUUGGGUUUACCAGGUCUGUCCGGCAGCCUUCCCCACCAUCAGAUCCAACUCACCACCAGGUGACGAUCAGCUGACAGCUUUGCUCCUCUCUUCACCUGAGUAUCCGAGAUAUACGGCUGCAGGUCUGAUGAUACAACUAUGACGUCCAUCAUGGACCUUUGGCCUAAGGUGCUCUGGUACCAGGUACACUUAUGAGCAACCUUAUGCUCCAACAUGGUGUUUGUUAUGACCAGUCUAUGACUAGAACAGAAGUCCAAUAACAGAACACCACUCGGGUUCAGAUAGGGCCAUUCCUCCCAAUCAUGUCUUCCAGGUUUCUCCAUAGUUGCCCACAUGAACAUUGAAGUCCCCGAGGAGAGCUACGGAAUCCCCAGGCGGUCCCCCUUCCAGGAACCACCCAGAGACUCCAAGAAGACUGAAUACUCUGAGCUGCUGUUCGGUUCAUGAGAACAGACAACAGAGUUUCCUCUCAGAGAGGCGACCCUCUGGUUCUCCAGGGAGAACUCCGACAAAGCGGCACUCACGCUAACCCUAACUCAAAAAACAGCAUAUAUUUGGAAAGUUCUAUUUUGCUUAAUCUUACAGUCAGAUGUUAGAAAUUAAGAAACAUUCCAUUGAUUAAAAACACAGAUUUUUAAUGCUCAGUUAUAAAAGAGAACAUCCUGAUCACAGUUCUAUUAACAGACCAUAAAACACGAAAACAUGAGACCCAUCUGGAUCAUAUCAUCAGAAUGAAUCACUGCAGUGAAUCUGUUCUGAAACUCAUCAGAUCCUGAAGGGUUGGACUGAAGCUCAGUUUUACCUCAAUGAUUGUCAGAAUUUCACAGCUGCAGGAAUCAGACUGAUUCAGUCAUUCUGAUCUGAUUAAACUCUUCUGUCUGAAGUUUUAUUUCUGGAGAUUCUGAACAAAGAAUUUGGAGAAUUUUUUGUCAUUUUUGUUGAUUAUUCAGCAGCUCUGUUCAGUCUGAACCUUCCUCCAGCAGAUCUGUUCCAUAUUAGAAGCUGUGAUGAAGCUGUGGAGCUUCACCAUUCUGACUUAUUCCUGCAGUUUGUAGUGAAACUUUAACUUCUUAGUGCCAUAAAACAUCCUGAACACGACACAGAGUGGUCAGUGUUCCUCCUGAUUUAGAGACCAGCGGGUUGAAGGACUGGAGAAGCUUCAGUCUGCUGUUGAUGACUUUUAGUUGGAACCAGGAGAAGCUGCUGAGUUCUGCUGCACUGAUCUUCAUGUUGAACUGAUAUUUUAUCAUUGAUGAGCCAGAAGAAAGACACCAGUGAAUGUGUGGUUUUUAAUAUUUAUUCUAUAUUUAUGGAGAAUGUUCCGUUGAAACGUGUUUCAUUUUCAUGUCUUGCUUUUGAAGCUUUCUUCUCACUGAAUGUUCAUAGAUGAACAGUUUUUAUUCAUUGCUGCUCUGUUUGUUUUCCAUCAACCAGUUCAUGAGGUUCAACUGAACUAGUGUUGGUGGAUUAUUCCACAUGAAGUCCAAUAAAUCUGAACCAACCAGAACCUCCUCAGAACCUACUGGUUAUUUAUCAGUGGUCAGAGUUCUACCUUCAUACUGGGAAUAUUUCCAGAGUCCAGGUCCUUCAAGUCCAUAGAGGAGAACGUCCCCUGUAGAAAGUUCUAGAGAAGACUUACCGACAACUGGACAGUUGUCGGCAGGUCUACUCUAGAACUUUGUCCAGUUGUUGGUAGGUCUACUCUAGAACUUUCUCCAGUUGUCGGUAGGUCUAUUCUAGAACUUUCUCCAGGUGUCGGUAGGUCUACUCUAGAACUUUCUCCAGGGGACGUUCUCCUUUCCUGCUUCCAGUCUUUAAGUUUAGUCUCACAUUCAGAAUUGGAGACUUCCAGGUCCUUGAAGUUCAUAGAGGUGGGUCCACAUCUGAGUUCUGGUAAAAAAUGACUCCAGAUCAGUUUUACAUCCAUCCAGGUGUCUCAGUCUGAAUGCUGAAUCUGGUUUCUGAUCAGAACCUUUUUAUUCUAUCAUUUUAUUCAACCGUUUAAUCAGAAAUUGGAUCAUUUUCAAGCAAUUUAGGUCAAUUUUCAAUUAAUUUUCAACUAAUUUCCUGUAUUUUGGUUAUUUUUGAGUCAUUUUCGGUGAAUUCUGACUCAUUUUGGACAAUUGGCUGGUCAUUUUCAACAAGUUUUAUGUCAGAUUGGAUCUUUUCUCGUUAUUUUGGAUCAUUUUUGUGUCUGGGAUCAUUUUAGAGUCAUUUAGAACAAAUUUCAUGUCAUUCUAAACUCCUUUUCUGUGAUUAUGGACGAUUCUUUGGGUCAUUUUGAACAUUUUCUGAACCUUUUUAAAUAAUUUUCUUACUUAAUUUCCAUAACUUUAUUAAUGAUCAGAGUUCUAACUUCGUCCUGUGAAUAUUUCCAGAGUUCUAGGUCCUUGAAGUCCAUAGAGGUGGGUCCAGUUUUACCACUUUUUAAUGGCAGUCUUUACCAGAACUCAGAUGUGUUUUCCUCCUAAAUGUCAUGGUCUUAUCUGCUGGACUGAUCAGAAAUGAUGGAAAAAGUCUCUGAUAAUCUGCUGGAACGUGAGCAGCUCAUGGAGGAGGUUCUCUCAGGUUCGGUUGGUUUCACUGGGCUGAUUGUGGUGAAAGUUCAAUCUGUUGCUUUUAGGCUUUGUUGAACUGAGAUCAGUCCUUUAUGCAGUUUUAUCCUCCAUGCACAGGCUCGGAUGUUUUUUUUGCUGCUUUUUAAACCCUGUUGGAGUUUCAGUGAAUCAGAACUGUUUGAAUGUCGACACUGUUGUUUCUUUGUCUGAUCAGCAGCUUCUUGAACAGCUUUAAGUGGUGAGAAACUCACCGACUGAUUAAAAGAGAUGCUGAAAUGA